GCGCAGUAACUGCGACGGCCCAGGCAGGCAAGCAAGGCGCCUCCCUCCCUCUCUCCGUCGCUCUCUCGCUACCCCCUCCUUCCUCCUCCUCCUCCUCCUCCUCCCGUCAUCAUCCGGGUCCUUCCGUGCGGUGCAGCAGGUCGGUAGGCGGGAAAUGGCGACUGGCCGCUGCCGGGGCUGCUGAGCGGCUACGGAGCCCCCGGCGGCGGCGGUGCUGCUUCGUGCGACCAAGGUGGCGGGGGGGCCGGCCCUGCCGCCGGGGUAGCCGGACACCUGACGGACAGCAGAGACGACCAAGGCGACGACCAAGGCGGCGGGAGAAGUGAGGGACGUCCCCCUUCGCCACAGCCGCCGCCUCCUCACCCCCUCAUCUCUCUCAGCGCCUCACAGGUAACCGCCGCCGCGACGCCGCCCUGGGCGACUUCUGAGGGGACAGGGAAGGCAGCGGGAGGAGGCGGGGAGCGCAGCGGGCCCCUCGGCUGCCGCCGCGGGGGAAGGGAGAGAGGAAGGAGGGGUCUCCGGGCUCGCCCCCUCCCUGGUCGGGCCUAGGCCGGAGGGGAGGGGCGAGGGGGGUCCUUCGCGCCCGAGUGACUCACGAGGCGAGCGCGGGAGGGGGGCGGGCGAGUGAGUAAACGAGCGAGCGGGAGCUUCUCUCUCCCUCUCCGCGCUCGCCUUCCCGCCCGCGCUGCUCCUCCUCCGGGGUGGGCGCUCUCUCUCUCUCUCUCUCUCUCUCUCUCUACUCGCGAGUUGGAUUUGUUUUGGGGGCGCCGCAGAAGGAGGAGCAGCAGCACCCGAACGAGGCGCUUGCGUCCUCUCUCUCUGCCUGCCUGCCUGCCUGCCUGCCUGCAUGCUUGCGAGUGGGACUGGCGCUGAGAGCUCCACUCGCGCACGCCUCCUGUUUGUGGUCAGGCCCUAGACGAGUGUGUUGGAGUGGGGCGGGGGAGAGAGGGAGGUUGCCCCAGAGCAUGUGCAAAGCCUCAACAAGAGCAGGCAGGAAAGCAGAAUGGAUCCUUAGGCGUUGUUGGACUCCUGUGUUGGAUGAACAUUGGAAGGCCCUGGGGCUAGAUGCCCCAGGCACCCCCACCCCACCCCACCCCAGAUGGUAACACUGGCCUUCUUGCCUGGGAUUUGUGGCUGGGGAUUAGCCAUUGAACACACCUGCGAAGCCUGCUUGUCAUGCAAAACGCCCCAGGUUCAGUUCUCAGUCACAUCUCAGGUGGGAUUGGGAUGGUCUCUUGCAUGCCACCCUGGAGAGUCACUGCUCCCUGUCUGUGGGCAGGUGGUCCAGUGGUAUGACUUUGUAUCAAACGGCUUCCUAUGCUCUGUGCCUAAGCACUUGAUGCACAACCAGGUGUGGGACCACAGUUCCUGUCAUGCUGAGGAGUGUAUUGUGGAUCCGCUGCUUAAUAUGGAAGGUAUCUUAAUAUAUGCAUUUUGAGCUCCUUUUAAAAAAAGAGAGAGCUCCAGGCAACAUUUAUAAUUUUAGCUUCUCAACAGCCCUGUGAGGAGGGUUAAGUUGAGGCAGGGUAACUGGCCCAAGGUCACCCAAGGAGCUUCACUGAGUGGUGGAAUUGAACCUGGGUCUCCCCACUCAGAAUUUGACAUAACAUUUUUGUGAGUCAUUUGGAAUUUAUUCAGGCAUGGAAAGCUCCUGUAAGCCAUGUAUUAUACUCCUGGUCUGUGGUUGCCCUUCAUCUCUAUAAUUGUUUAUUAGGAAUGUCCAAUGUGGGGCUACCCAGUGUUCCUUUUUAAUAUAUUUGUUGAGAUUGUGGGGAGAGGUUAUUGUCUUGGCCAUAGAAUUAAGCUCAAAUCCUUAGGGACUUGUGGCAUGUUCUAAGCUAAGGGGCCAAACCUCUGCUGGGGUAGGACAAAUUUUGACUGCUCACAAUGGCACUGAAGAAUGUGCCCAGGCAACCAAGUACCUGCCAGUGAUGCUUUGGAUGUGGCUUUGUCUGCCAAACGCAUACCAAGGAUAAAGCAAUUGGGGGUCCUUUGACAGGAAAAGUGAGACAAUAUUUCAUUGAACUCAAGUAGCUAAGCUAUUAUUACAGAGAUAAAGAGUAUUCACAGCAAUCAGUACAACAAUAUAUGGUUUAUGGGGACUGGGAGUCAAGUGGUAUGUUUUACUCAUCCAUCAGCUGCAUCAAAAUAGUAGGAAUUAUCAGAUUGUGUUGCUGAACAAAUGUAUGCAACUCUGCACUGAGGCUGCCUGUUGCUCUCAAUAUUUGGGCAAUUAAAUCUGAAUGAAUGUAGUUACCUGUUUGGCAUCAGCAGUUCUUCACCUGCCCAUGGCUUGUGGUGGAAAUAGUAUCAAUGCACAGUGCUUGAAUGUGUCUGCCGAAUUCUAAACUAAUAAUACUCCCAAGUGCUGAGUUUCUAAUACGGGAGUUUACAACUCCAACUUUGUUUAUGGAUUCACUUUCUUAUUAUUGCUAUUUAUAUAACACUGUCAGUGCCUGUGGUGCUUUAGGGAGACAUGCCCUGAGGAGCUUACAAUCUAAAAUUUGAUACAUUGAGAGCAGGGGAAGGGCAGGUGAGAUAAAUGGGGAAGGAAUAAGCAGUUGUUGCAAUGGCUUAAGCUUGGUUGCAGGUUUAACUGCAGCCGGGCAACCUGGUAUUUUCCAGAAAUUUUGUACCACAGCUCCCUUUUUUGUUAUAGUCCAAAACAACCAGAAGGGCAUCCAGUUGGUGAAGAACACUAUAGGACAUAGGAACAAGGGAGCCAAGUCAAAGGCCUCAUGAAAAAUAAAUCUUUGAGAAAUUUGAAGAAAGUGGCAUCUCUUGUUGAUAUACGAGUACAGCACUAGUUUGACUCCUGUUUUCCCUAGAAGGUUUCAAAUCCAUUUGUGAGCAUUAAUUACUGCUAGCUUGUAUUGAACAAAAAUAGGAAUAUUUAUUUCCAAUUUAUUACAAAGGGCUGGUGCUGCAAAGGUUAAUUAUUAGUGUAAACAAAGGGCUUUGAAUGGAAAAUGGCCCACAGAAAUGAAACUGUAAGUUACUGGUUUAAUUUAAUGGUAGCCCUGUGAAGUAUGAUAGUUGUAUCUCAUCUGCACAUGAAAGAAUGGAGGUACCGAACACCUGUGAUGCUUUAAUAAAUGAUGUACAUGGGUGACAGAAGAAUGAACACAUUUGAGUGCUACUUUUCCUGCAUUGCCUAAAUAGAAAACAAACUUCAUUUCAGUGAAAUGGGCAUAUUCUUUCUUCUCCUGAGCUUCCACUUUUGCAUCAGAGAAUUACUUUUAGAGUUAUAGUUUUGGGGGCUUUUCAGAUUUUGGCUAGGUUUAUUAGUCAGCCCCAGUUUGUUGUCCCUGGUCAACCAAAUGUGCUGUGCAUCCCAAAGGGGUGUGUGUGUGUGUGAGAGAGAGAGAGAGAGAGAGGUGAGUGUGAGUGUGGGUAGUCGAAUGUGUAGAAGUAGUUGGAGCCCCUUGUAUGGCAUCUGCCUACUGUAAAGCUCUUCCUCCUGCCCCAACAACUAAAGAUAGGGAAAUGGCAAGGAUCUAGUACCGUCUUGGGGUGGAGAUGGGAAGUUAGGUAGGGUCAAAUGUUGGGUGAGGGCAGAACAAGGGGCGUGAGAAGCAUAGACACAUAAGGUUUUCCCAGGAUGAGGGUGUAGGCUUGGGCAAAUUGGGGAACGGCCAAUGUUUGAAACUCCCAUUGUUCUAGGUGCAUUUUGCGACAGGGAAUUUCAUUAGUGCAAGCAGUUUCUGAGCUCUGGGCACAGUACUGUGCCUAAGAUUUCAGAUUUAAACUGCAGAGUGGAAGGAAAGGAAGACAUUUUUCUGCCUCCCCACUUCCAGCUACUCUCUGAAGACUGGAGAAGAGACCCUCUUAAGAAUAUUAGGGGGUGGGCAGGGGAAGGACUAGAUCAUGUAAAAAAUGAACAUAAUAUUUUAUCUGCAGUUUAUUCAUUUUCAACUUUGUAUUCUUGUUAUAAAAAAGUACACUAGACAUUCUGUUGUUGCACCCAUAACCUAGGUUUAAGGUGCCAUUUAGCUUAAGGUUACCAGAUGUCCUGGUUUCCUGGGGACAGUCCCCAGAUUUACAAAUCAGUCCCCUGACAAAAUCCAUAUAUUUAGUGAGAAGUUGAAAAGUGUCCCCGAAUUCAUUGAAAAAAAAUCUGGUAACCUUAAUUUGGCUCCUAGCUUUCAUAUCUCAGUUUCUAACACUGGAAAUGGCCUUAUACUAGAGCAGAUCAUUUGCCCAUCUAGCCCAUUAUUAGUUGCUUUGAUUGACAGUGGCUGUCCAGGAUCACAGGCAGAGUCCUUUCUCCAUCAUUUGAUGUGGUCCUUUUAACAGGAGAUACAGUCAUACCUCUUCUUGCGAAUGCUUCAUGUUGAGUUUUUUCGGGUUAAGAAUGCGGCAAACCCAGAAGUGUUCACUUCCGGGUUUCUCUGCAUGCGCAGAAGCGUUCUGUGCAGAAGCUCUCUAUCGCGCUUCACACAUGUGCAGAAGCGCCACUCUGGUUACGGACUUUUUGGGGUGCAAACGGCACCUCAGAACGGAUCGUGUCCCCAACCAGAGGUACCGCUGUACACUGGUAUGUCAGGUUAAGAACUUAAUUCGUUCUGCAGGUCCGUUCUUAACCUGAAACUGUUCUUAACCUGAGGUCCACUUUAGCUAAUGGGGCCUCCCACUGCUGCCGCGCCGCCACCACCGCAUGAUUUCUGUUCUCAUCCUGAAGUAAAGUUCUUAGCCCGAGGUACUAUUUCUGCGUUAGCGGAGUCUUCAACCUGAAGCGUCUGUAACCCGAGGUACCACUGUACUAGCGAUUGACCCUGGGACCUUUUGCAAACAAAGCAGGAGCACUGCUCUUUGAGUUGUAGCUCCUCUCCUGAAGUAAAGCAGGAGGUGAGCUGGGGCCCUUUCCAGAGGGCAUGGGGCAUAUGUCCCCUGCAAACUGGCAGCUGGAUGGUUAGUGAUGCUACUUCCUUGUUUGCUUCCACAUGGUGUCUUGUUUCCUAGCUGAGCACAUUCUCUGGGACAUGCAGGAUUUGUUUGUUUUGUUAAUAAGAGUUUGUAAGCCACCUUUCUGUAUUUGACGCCCAAGGCAGCUAACAGCCACUCUGAUGUAUCUUGCCUGCCUGCUUAAUUGGUUUUAGUGGGUCUACUCUGAGUAGAACCCCUAUGUGGCAUCAUUGCUCUGAUACAUCCCAUUUUAUUGCCAUUAUUUAGUGGUGAGUGGUUUCUCCUUGCAGGUGGAGUGUGGUUCUGGUUUAUGAAAUUCUUUGCUCCUCCAAUGUUUUUCAAAUUUUGUGAAUCCCCACCUCACUGGGUUGCAUCCACUCAACAAAUCUUUCCUCUUCUUCACAUAGCAUCUCAUUGCCAACCCGAGCCUGUUGGAGUCAGGGCCUCCAUUCCCCAGCCUCUCCCUGCCAGAUUCCAUUUAGGAUACAAUGAGGCUUCACUGAUAAAUCUACUGCAUACAGUUUUAAACGUCUUAUUUAUAGCACAUCCCAAUUUGAGAGAGACCGUUUCUCUUUUCCUGUAGAAGCCUGGUAAUGUAUUUGUCUUGUCCUGGUCUUUUAGUUGUGGGUUUUGAAAACCAGGAGCAGCUUCAGUUUUUUCAAUUCAAAUCUUGUACAUGAAAAGAGAAAUGAUACUGGGUAUGUACUACUUGCAAAUAUAUUGAAACAAAGUUGUCAUUCCUCAGAGUAACACUUGUGGUGCCAAAGUUUAUAAUUGGCAGGGCAGGUGUGAUAUCAUAUUUUCAAUAUACUGUACCUGCAAUAGUUUGCAUUUUACUGGUUUUCAGUGGUAGACCAUGAGGAAGCUUCUUUCUCACAUAUUUAAUGACUUUAAGGUGUUUGCACACCAGGACUAAGUAAUUUAUAGGAAAGCAUAUUUCUACAUUGCUAGGUAGACAUUAAACCUUAUGUGAAGUAUGUGGAAGAUCCUUCAGAAUGGUCAGUGUGUGCAUGCACAGUGAAUUCAUUGGAUGAUUGAAACAGAGACAUUGUUUCUGUUUCAAGAAUAUGCAGACUUGUUUGAAAUGUGCAUACAAUAUUAAUCGGUAAACUGUAUAAAUUUGUUGUUGGAUAUAUGUAAACAAACUUUCCUGGCCUCAUAUUUGGCUUGUCGUUUUCAGCAGUUCCAUGACACUUCAGUCUUCCAAAUAUUAGUCUCCUCUGGAGCAGGUCUGGAAAAAUAUCUCAACAACCCAGAAACCUGAACAAAGUAUUCAAGAAGGGCCAUCAGAGUUUGCAGCAGGAAAUCCUUUGAUACCUAGGUGUCCAGGCACCCUGGAAAUUUCCAGACCCAUUUCUGUGAGUGGCUUUUCUCAAGCAGCAUAUGACCUAAUUGAAUGGAUAUAUAUAUAUGUAGGGAAGGAAAUAAAAAAUACGGUCCCAAACGAAUAGUCUUGCAUUGUCAUUAUUAUUGAGUGACUCUCUCAAAUUCAGUAUAGCUACGGUAACAUUUUGGGUGAGCUUUCUUCAUGUUUGGUGAAGAAAUACAAACUCUGAAAAUGAGGAAAUAAGUUUCAAAUUACUGUUGUUAAGUCUGACCUAUGCAUGAGAUUACAAAGUUGUUCUUCCAGAUUUAUGGCUUUGUGACUGAUCCCUUUUCUUUUCUUUUCUUUUCUCUUCUCUCCCUCCGCCCCCCAUGUUGCUCCUUAUUGCUAUUCACUGACUUUGAACUUCAUGUUUGUGCCUAUGGUAGGGAUAAACAGUUUUGUUCUUUUACCCAGGCUAUCUCAGGCUGCCCUCUCAAUAUGCACAUUGGUUUCUCAUUCCAGUGCAUUAACUAAGAAACUAGCAAAAGGAAGUAAGGUGUGUAAGAAUGAAAAUUUUGAUAAAGCUUUCCAUGAAGUUAAUGUGGAAGGGAGGGAUUAAAAAUCAUUUUGCCAUGUCUUCCUGUAUCAUGAAUGGAUAAGGUGCAUUAGGUGGUGCCUGCCAGGUCCUCUAUUUACACUUACAUUAGGAAUGAGGAAAUCAAAGAGCUCUUUGCCUGUGCCCUGGCUUGGGUAAAGCCAAUGUUACUGUCCUUUCAGCCUUUCCCUCUGGUAAAAAAUGAUAAAAAAAUAUUUGCCAACCAGAGACUACAGAGCAUCUCUCAACCAGACUUCUGAAGUCAGUCCAUUUGGAUAGUAUUGGCUUUCAUAAGAUGUUUCCUCUUAGGGUCUAGGAGAAUCUACUAAGUUUGUUUCAUUUGGGGGCAAUGGUGUUUUAUUCUUUAAAUAUAUUUAAAUGCUGUUUGGGGGCACCACAUAGGACCCCCAAGGAAGCUCACAAAACAUAAUAAAAUUACAAUCCAAAAAUAAAAUAAUCAGUUUUAACAAACACCAGAAAACCAAAAUAGCAUAUUGAUAAACCAUUACUUCAGAGAUUGGAUAACAUCAAACAUAUGUCUGAACACAACAAAACCGGGAAAGUGGUAGUGGGGGUGGCGGCACUGAACUGGCUUCCCAAGGGUGACAUCACCAAAAGGCCCUGUCCUUCAUACUCACCAGAUAUAUCUUAUAUAUACAACAAGUUCCACAAUUUUGGUGGUUUUCUCAACAACUUUUGGGAUGUUCUGGUUUUUACUUUUUGAAAUAUGGCAACCCUAAUAUAGGGGUUUAAAGGUAACCGCCUGCACUUUCAGGUGGGCUUGGAAUUGCAUUUGGAGCACUGUGGAUUGAAGUAGCAACAGAGUUGCAUGCUCCAAGUAAUGGACCCCUGUCAACAGCAGGAUGAAGCAUUUUGAGUCAACUGUAAUGACAAGACAUAUACGUAAUUAAAAUGACAGUCCUGCGUACAGCACAUUGCAGCAGUCCGACCUUGAUGUAUGAUAUCUUGUGCGAUCAGCUAUAUGGAACAGAGUGAUACAAGUGUCAUGAUCGCUGUAUUGCAAUUAAUUAUCAGUUAUGUAGCAAUAUAUUCUACUUCUGAAUUGCUAAUAUAAAUGCUGUUGUAGAUUUAAAUGGGGAAGCAAUUUAGUAAAAAAUACUUAUUUUAAUUACAAUGGUACCUCGGGUUACAUACGCUUCAGGUUACAGACUCCGCUAACCCACAAAUAGUGCUUCAGGUUAAGAACUUUGCUUCAGGAUAAGAACAGAAAUCGUGCUCCGGCGGCGCGGCAGCAGCAGGAGGCCCCAUUAGCUAAAGUGGUGCUUCAGGUUAAGAACAGUUUCAGGUUAAGUACAGACCUCCGGAACGAAUUAAGUACUUAACCCGAGGUACCACUGUAUUAGUAUAUCAUGCAUUUAAUCCAAAUUGAACCUUUAGGAUCACAGCAAGAUAAAUAAUUUACUUGGUGGGCGAACCAUACACUUUGUCAUUUAAAAAAAAAAAAUUUAUAUUCCACCUUUCCAACUACAGUAGAGGUCUUCAAAACAUUUUACACAAUAAAAGCAAAUAAAAACAAACAAUCAUCAUAUUAAAAUGCAGUGGUGACAUUGAAUGUCCUAUAUGCUACAUCAAUAAGUACAGUGGUACCUUGGGUUAAGAACUUAAUUCGUUCUGGAGGUCCAUUCUUAACCUGAAACUGUUCUUAACCUGAGGUACCACUGUAUUGGAGAGAAUUGAAGGUACUCUUUAGCCUCAUUUGGAUAUCACACUAACCAAUGAUGUAGUGUUUUGUGAAUGAGCCUCAGUCUCAUAUUCCUCUCUGGUGUGGAUGUGUGGAGGAAAUGGGAAGCUUUUGUUCUGUUUCUAACUGCAGCUGGGCAAACUGGGUAGUCUUAACUAUGGUUUACUGAAACUAGUCAACUUCAUGCUAUAGUUUAUUGAAAAUGGAAGUGACAUCAGCAGAUCUCUUCAUGACCACACUGGGGACGGGAGGUUUGUUCACAUAAUGUUAAGACAUAGUCCAAAUGAGGCCUUUGUAUAUCUUUUGGGGAGAAAUGCUCAUUUCAUUAGAAAAUUGUUGUGCCACAAUUUCAGUUUAAUUUUAGAUCUUUGAAUGUGUGAAAACAAAACAUGUAUCUUCUUCUUUUGCCCUACCCACACUGUUUUCAUUCAGUUCGGCUUGACUCCCAAGGAAAUAGUUACGAGCAGAAUAGAUGCCAUGUGUAAAUAAUAACUUUUCUAUAUUGCAUUUUGACACUGAAAGUUAGACCAAUAUAGUUAUUGUGUUUAAGAAGGGGCAAGUCUGAUUCAGGCGUAUACAUUUUUCAUGAUGUACUUUGUACAAAUACAUACAAAGUAGUAUUCCUACAAAUAUUUUAGACUGUGUGCUUUCAAUGGUCCUUAUUUAAUCAGUGACUUAGCUUUUAAUACAAAAUUCCAUUAGGCUGCAGUAUUAAGUGUGUUUAUUUGGAAACUAGUUUUAAUGAAAUUAGUAGGAAGUAUGACCAGCAACCAGUUGAGCUGAGUCAAAUUAAUGGCAUUCUGUGUGACCUCGAGGACAAGUUGCUUGAUGUAUUUGGGCCUGAGGGGUCAUUCUUACAUUAUGUUUUUGUUUUGGAUAGAUAUACAUUCAUUGUAUUGUUAACAUGUUAUUUAAAAAAUGUCACUUUCUACAGAACAGUUAGGACAACAAUUUUGAGGUUUAAACAUGACCUUGAAGAAAGUUACAUACAUGAUUGCCAGAGGCUGAUGCCCCCCCCCCCCAAAUAGAUGUAGCUUCUGAAAAGAUCCCUAAUCCUAGUUUUGUGCCCCCUUUGUGCCCUUUCUUGAUCACAAAGAGAGAGGUAACUGAAUAAUUAUUACUGGUCAUGGAAGCUGGAAGCUGCUGAGCUCCCAUAACAUCUCUUUCCUAGCUUAUAUUUUGUAAGAGUUAUUUCACUUCAGUAACUACUUUCUUACUUAAUCUGAAAAUUGUUCAUGUAUCUUUUAUAUCACACUGCAUAGUAUGGUAGGUACUGUCCAAUAAUUACUUCAUAGGCUGCAAUUACACAUUUUACAAGAUUGCAGAUGGGCAGCUCGUCGGUACAUGUAAACCACCAAAUGUUUCUUGCCGGGGUUUUUUUUUUUUACUCUCCUUUUGCCCCUACACACUGCCAAAGGCCCAGUUAUUUUCCCUAUUUCCUUGAAUGUUGGAUUCUCCUAGAGCAGCUUGUGGCAGAGGCUCACCCCCAGACACCAUCCUACGUAUGUAAGCCAGCCUGCGCUAGCUCCCAAAUAGCUGUGUGUCAGGCUGUGGGGGUGCAUUAUUAUGAUGAGGAGGGCAGCGCAAGGAAGGAUGGGCUACCCCUACCCUCCUUGUACAUAUUCACUGACCACUCACUGGUGCAUGUGAGUUCAAAAUUGUUGGCAACUCCUGCACUUAACUGUGGUUUAGCAUGAUGUGCCAUGAGCUGGGAUGAACCUCAGGGUUCUGCAUUGCUCUCUCCUUUCUGCUGCCUUAUCACAGCAUGGAAAACAAUUUUGACUGUUUUGUUUCACUGUCCCUGAAUCUCAGCUUCUUGUUGUUUGGCUUAUGUUUUAUAGUAAGCGCCUGUCAGUUUUAGAACAAGCUAAUUCCAAACCAUGGGUUAUGACGUUGUCUUGUUAAACUAACCAGAGUUUAUUGUCAUAAGUUUCAGGGAGAGUGAAGCAAAAUGCAGUCUGAGUAAUUUUCCAGGCCAUGUGGGCUGAUGAUGCCACUGUUGGGAUUGUUCCAUCUUGUGCACAUCAUGCUAAAGCAGGGGUGGGGAGGCUUUUUCAGCCUGAGGGCCACAUUCUCUUGUGGAAAAAAUUGUAGGGUCUGGAUGCCAGAGGCAAAAGUAGGUGGGGCAAAGGAUGCUACUCUUUCCUUUGUAGAGUAGGCUACAUUCCAGCCAUGCAAAGUCAGAGGUUUCUUCCCACCCCUUCACAUAUUUUCAUCCAUGCAAUCACAGUUCAAGGACACAUUCCAGCCAAUCAAACACUUGAGGAGACUAUAGAAAUAGGGCUUGUGAGAGGUGUGGCCUGAGAAGAAGGGGUGUGGCCAGAGACUCGAUAGAGGGGGCUCCAUUUUGCACCUAGACCUUAGGUUCCCCAAACUUGUGCUAGACCAUGGUUAUAGCCUUAUGAACAUUGCCACUGAGUCAUAUGAGACAGGUAAUUAGUAAUCCCAUUUAACAUUUAAAAUAUAGUUAUACAGAGUAUAAUUUAUUUGGCUUGGUCAAAGUCAUCUAAAAAGUUGAUGAUUAGGCAUAGAUUGGAAACAGGUUUGAUGGUUUUUUAAAUUUGCCAUUUUUAUAGUCUGCCUUUGCUGAAAGAUCCCAGAGUAGAAAUACAAAAAAUCAAAGUUAAGCAGUAAUAUCAAAACAGGCCAACAUGAAUUCCAUACAACAAAAUGACAGCAGCCCUGAAAGUCCAAUCCAGUGUACCACACCCCUUUUUAAAGUGCCCAGAAAUGGACAUAAAAUUCCAGAUGAGGUGUGACUAAUGCAGAAUAAAGUGGAACUGUUGCUUCUUGUUAUUUGGAAACUGUGGUUCGAUUAAUGCAGCCUAAAAUCACAAUAGACCUUUUGCAGCCUUUUCAUAUGUGCUGUUUCCAAGCAGGGUACAGUGGUACCUUGUGUUAUGGACGGGAUCCGUUCCGGAGGCCCGUCUGUAAUGUGAAAUGCCCACAACUCGAAGCGCUGCGUCUGCGCAGGCACGUGGCACGAUUUGGUGCUUUUGCUCAUGCACGAAGCACAAUUUGGUGCUUCUGCGCAUGCAUGAGUGGCGAAACCUGGAAGUAACCUGUUCCGGUACUUCCGGGUUGCUGCGGGACGUAAUGCGAAAAGAUGCAACAUGAAGUGGACACAACACAAGGUAUGACUGUAUCUCCCAUCUUAUUACUGUUUGUGAAUAUAUGUUUGCUUCACCAUGUGCAGAGCUUUGCUUUUGUCUCUGAUGAAUUACAUUUUUUAGUUUCCACUUAAUCUUCCCCACAAGUCAUGCUACUUUUAGAACUUUGCACACUGUUUUCUUUUGGGGAGAAGGUGGAGGCAAGAUUGAUGUAGAAUCUGAUGGAUUACUUAAGAUUAAUUGGCUUUAGACACCAGGUCUUUUUGCAUGGGUGAGCAUAUUGUUAAGGAAAUGCAAACUUUUUCCACCAGGCCUUUGGCUUUUAAUUAUCUAUGGCCUUGUUGCAUAGUGGGAUGUUUUAAUCUAGCUUUAAAAAAAAUAAUUAUCUUUUAGACAAGUUUUUUUUAAAAAAAAUUCUGGUUUUAAUGUCUGUGUUGUUGUUGUUUUGCUUAGAAUACUUUUUGUGGUUUUUUUGGUCAUGUUUGAAAAUGAUUAAUAAAUUUAAUAAAUAAUAACAUCUAAAGACCCCUGGCUCUCCACCCCACCACAUCAUACAGAUGACUAAUAUUAUUUAAAAGUGGGUGGAAAGCCAGGGGAAUCAGAGGUGGCUGAACAUCAGGAAGAAUUUUCCGGCAGUAAGAGCUGUUUGACAGUGGAACAGACGCCCCUGAGAGGCGUGGACUCCCUUUCCUUGGCGGUUGGAUGGUCAUCUGUCAUGUAUGAGCUAGUUGAGAUUCUUGUAUUGCAGUGGGUUCUUUUCAACUCUACAAAUCUAUGAUGCUUCACUACCUUUUGGGGGGGGUAGUGUCUGUAACUUUUCAAUUGGUUACUAUUUAAAUUACUCCUGUUAUGAAGUGUGUGUGUGUCAUAUACAUUUUAGCUUUGCAGAGACAUGUGAUAGCCUUCUUGCAUUUCAAGGCCCUACUGUUUAUAAUUUCCCCCUCUGUAUAUAUGUGUAUAAUAUUCAAAGAGAACAGUUUUUGUAUCUGAUGGAAAUGGGCUGCAGCCCAUGGAAGCUUAUAUAAUAAUAAAACUGUUAGGCCUUUAAGUUGCCACAACACUCUGCAUUGUCUUUUCCCCAAAUUGCUGCCAUUUAACAGGUGCUGCUGCCUGUUUUAUUUUUCUCCAUUCAGUGUGCUGCUGCUGCUGCAUGGGAAGAACAAAUGCCUGCCUCCAGUAGUAGGCACUCUGGGCAUAAGCAAAUCUUCAAAAAAGAUACGAGUGCCUUUGUUAAAUUUUAGAGGUUAUUUAGACUUCCAGUUGAUGGUAACAGACGACAACAUCACAGAAUGAGACUUGAAUGAGUUGGACAGGUUUUCAUCUCUUUGGAGUAAGGAAAUUAUUUUUAACAUUCUGGUCGGUCACAAUAGACUAGACUUAUUUUUUAUACUUGCACAGUGGGCUAGACAUUAACUACUGGUUAGUGUUUGGAGGUUAUAUAAAUAAAUAUCCCAACAAUGAUACAAAAAAUGAAAACACUUUUGUGCCAUUCUUCUGCAACUUCAUUCUCUAGAUAUUCCUCAACCAAAAUAAGCUAUAAAUUGCCAUGUGGUUCUUACACACACACACACACACACACAGAGAGAGAGAGAGAGAGAGAGAGAGAGAGAGAGCCUAGUUAAAGAAAAGUAUACCUUAUUCUUACAGCUUUGGGGGUCACUUCUGCUUACCACAGAGAAUUCAGACUGAUAAUACUGAAACACUAUGCACAUAAGUUGCCAGGGUCAAAAGAACUCCACAAAAUUAUGUUUAAUAUUUUAGAUAUUUCUCAUCUCUGUAGAAUCUUAGACCAGAAGUGGUUCUUGUAAGAAAGUGAUUUGUGAGAAAGUCACACAAAGGGUGAAAAUAGAAUAUUUUGUCCAUUUUCAUAGUAGACAUUUCACUUCCCUUAAUAUCACUACAAACUGUUUUAGAGGUCAAUAGUACCCCAAAACCCUUUAAAAACAUUUUUUCUCUAAUUCUUCAUUAAAAGGUAAAGGUACCCCUGACCAUUAACAAAACCCAGCACAGUGAUUCUUGCAUUCAUUCCAUAAAGAUGCUGCAAUUCAGACAGCAGCAAGUCCAUGCCUAAGAUAACUUUACACUGGCUCCCACACCAUUUCAGGACUCUUCCUACUUGUGUGUUGUGUAGUAUGCCAGUUAGUCCUUACUUGUUAGCCUACCAAGUGUUAAAUAGUAGGCAGAAAUAAUUGCUGGCUGAUAAAGCUUAUAGUGCAAGAAUAAAUGCCUGGGAACCACAAAAAUCAAGCCAGUUAAGUCUUAUAAUUACUUUGUUUUGCUUAAAAUUACAAACAUGCCUGAGGUAAGCAAUUAAAGAUGCCAAUAAAAUUAUUAUUUAGGGUCAUGACUUCCCAUGAAAAACCUAAAGGGCACAUUCAGGAAGUUUUUAGCAGUCUGGCUAUACUACAUCAGCUUUGAAACAAGAGGAAAAUUACUUCCAAAAAUAGGCUUCUGCAUGUCCAGUGCUAUGGAUUAUAAAUCCAGAGAGCUUAAUGUCUCCAGGAGCAGCUGUUUCAUUCCAGAACCCCAACAGGAACUGCACAGGUUUUGCUGAAACCUAUAAGCCACUAAACAGUUCAGUCUUGCACAUAUCUAUUCAAAAGGAAGCCUUGCUGAGUUCAUUGGACUUGGGCAUUGCAACUUAACAAAGUUUUGUGAAUUUUCAGUGCAAGAUCAUAAAAUUAUUAGUGGGGUAGGGGGGAAGUGUACAAGAAUAUGAUAAUGUAAAGUUCAUCUCAACCCAUUUCUUUUUUGUGGAAUCAUACUUGCUGCUGUCCAAAGUUUUUAAUUGUCUAAUCAUCGUAAUGUCAAUAGAUGGAUUAAAUCUAUUUACAUUUGGAUAUUACAAAUAGUGUUUUUGUGGAUAUUGAAGGAAAUAUAGAUAAAUUAGAGUUUAAUUAACAGCUUUUUCAUCACCACUAGUAGAAAAUGCUAUGUCGCAUUCGUUUUAAAUAAAAAGAGUCAAAACGGAUUUGGUUUUUAAAAUGUCAUUCAGUCUUGCACCAACAAUUUAAAGCCCUCCUGCUCCCUUCAUUGGUUGAUGAAUGUUCAGUUAAAUUGAUUAAUGCUUGAAGCCCUGUUCUUUUCAAUUUGAUGCAGCUUCAGUGCAUCCUUUCAUUGGCCACGUCUGGACUUAGACAUGAAUUGGCAUAUGGGCAGUUGUUGCUGUGUUUCUGUGUUGUGAAAGUGAAUGAAGCUUACAGUGAAAUAUGUGUGGUGUUACACUGGAGGUGUAGCUAUUUCCACUUCAAGCAGAAACCACACCACACUUCUUGAUAUAUCACAGGCAGUCUAGAUGGAGCUCCAGUUGGGACUAUAUUUGCCCUUCGAACUCAAACCUAUGUUCUUAGGAAAAGCAGGCAGUUUGACUCUAUCCUGCCACUGAUGUACCUGUAGCAUCUGUCAGAAUUCAUCGAGUGUCAUGUUUUAGGGAUCAGCUUUGUAUGACUUGGCAUAUUCAUAGAAACAUUGCUUCAUGCCUCCCAAUUCCAGCCUCCACACAUCUAUGCUUGGUGGGCUGAAAUACACAAUUCUAGAGUGACAGGCAGCAACAGCUGCCAAUUACAACACGACUUCCGAACUCCUGCUGAUUGAUCGGCCUCUUAGAACUCUGCUCAGUGUUUGUGAGACACAAACUGCAAACACAUUACAAGAAAAGCCUUGUAAUGUUAUGGAAGGAGGUGUUAGAAAAGGUAUUUUUACUAGUUUGGGUCCAAUCUUCUAGCCUGUUGAAAAGGAUAUGUUUCUGAAAGGUGUUCAUACGCUUUAUAGGAAGGGAAUUUCACAGUUGUAUAUAACAAAGAAUACUGUAUUUACUCGAGUCUAAUAUGCCAUCAAAUUUAAUGCACAUCUCAAUUUUCAGAACCUUGAAACCAAAAAAAGUGUUUGCUGGCGAAUGUAAAUGUUCCAUCAAAUCUAAAGCGCACCUUAAUUUUCACCACGUAAUUUGGCCCCAAAAGGUGAUCAUUAGAUUUGAGUAAAUACAGUAAUUCUCUAUGUCUUUCAUGAUAUGGAAAAAAUAUUUUACACAUUUCCCCAUCCUGAUGCAGCUCUCUUUACUGCCAUCUGUCACUAUUAUCUGAUUUUCUAGCAUUUAGAGUUGUACAGGUAGCAACAUUUUUUGUUGGUUGCUAGUGUGCUGCUCCAAAAUUUUGGCAAGCCAAAAAGGAAGUCUCAUGUCUACCGUAUUUUUCGCUCUAUAAGACGCACCAGACCACAAGACGCACCUAGUUUUUGGAGGAGGAAAACAAGAAAAAAAAUAUUCUGAAUCUCAGAAGCCAGAACAGCAAGAGGGAUCGCUACGCAGUGAAAGCAGCAAUCCCUCUUGCUCUUCUGGCUUCAGCAACAGCUGCGCAGCCUGCAUUCGCUCCAUAAGAUGCACACACAUUUCCCCUUACUUUUUAGGAGGGAAAAAGUGAGUCUUAUAGAGCAAAAAAUACGGUAAUUAUGGAAAGCAGCUCAGAUCUGAUAGAACCUGGAAUUCACUGCACACACUUCACUACUGUGUCUUAUAGGAAGAGAGCAUGAGGUACCUUCUCAGAUCAGGCAUUUCUUCUUUGUCUUGUGUUUCCCAUUAGAAUUUCAGGCUUAUCAGCCUUUAACUAGUGCUAUAUAUGCAUUGCUGUGGAAGGGAAUGCUGCACCAGUUGAAUUUCUGCCCGUCAUAUAACUGUUAAAGGCAUAAAACUUCUGUGAGGAAUCAAUCGCCUUCAGCAUGGUGGGCUACCAGUAAAUGUCUGAAUUGAGUGAACGUGUUCCUUUAGCACAAAUAUUUAAUGUUGGGCUGAUUCUUCUGUGUUUUGUUUGUGUGCAAUUCAAGUCGAAACAGCACUUGUGUUCUGGGUGCAUCAGGUAAGGGGAAAACAAACUUCUGUCAUCAAGAGGAUUGUAGGUACCUGUUGCUAAGUCCAUUAAGGAUAUUUAUAACUGAGGUUUGAUAGCCAGGAUGUGAAGUAAGCCAAAGACUCUCUGGCACUAGCAGUCGGCCCAGUUAAAUGAACUGCAGCUUAGAGGAUAACGCUCAUGCUCUCUCAAUAUAGACACCUAAUCUCCCAUUCAAAAACAUUUACUCUGUGUGCACGUUUGCAGCCUACCUUCUAUCGCUUUCUGUAAAGAAUUGCAGUGUUCCCUUUCACACCUUUUGGAUAGAGGGCUGGUAAUAUGUUUCCCCUCAGGUUUUCCCCAAACUAAGGAUACAUUCCAACAAACACCUGGAAGCCUCAUUAAUUCCAAUGGAAUUGUUUUGGAUAACACUGUCCUGUUGAAACCAAUGGGACAUUAAAAGACUUGGCAUUGCUUGGAUCUUGCCCUGUUAAUAAUAUCCUAACAAAAUUCCCAAGGCACAUUUUAUAAUUGGGUAAUGCACUCUGUUGUUGAGAGACAAUGGAGAACGCCUCUGAGAGUGAAAUCAAACCACUGUGCUAGCAGCACUGAAGUGACCUCCCCAGGGCACAAGCCUGGGCAGUGUGUAUGGAGGUCCUGGGCCCAGAUGAUAAGAACCCCCUCUCUAGCUUGCUGUUGUGGUCCAAAGGAAAGCAGAGCAAUACGUUUGGCACCACCUUGGUGAGAGCUGAGUGCAGGGUGAGGACCAAAGGUGGACAAACUACCGCAGAAAGAGCAUGAUGUGUCCCUACCAGAGGUACUACUCCUCCCCUAACGCCCUCUCCCCAUACACAUGCAAUAACUGCUUCUUUUAAAUUAACUUAAAAUUAAAGAGUUUCAGCAUGAAACUGUAUGCUCCUUAUCUUAGCUACUUCAAAUGGAAAGUAACAAUUAAGGCAAGACUACACCUUCGUGUUUCAUUUUACCUGGUUAAGAUUUCACAGCUCUGUUUAUGGGUGGUGAUUCUUAGCAGUUUUAUUGACAUUAUACCUAAUUAAGGCUUUUUAUUGUUAGAGACACGAAGAGUCGGACACGACUAAACAACAACCACAAUUGUAAGAGAAAAUCAGUUCACAGAGUAGUCCUGUGUUUUAUAAAUGUAGAAGUUGAAGUUAUCAACACUGACAAAUGGAAACCCAUUUACCUAAGCAUACUGUUUUCAUGAUGUAAUAUUUUUACUGGUUUGUUAACUUUGGCAAAGUUAGAUACCUUUCACACAGAGCACUUGGAGUUUAGCAGACUUGUCUCCCUCCUCAUUGUUGUUUGUUAGCAGCUUACAAACAUUAGUGGAAGCUCACUUCCUCUCCCUCCCUCUGGUGGGCCACACAAACAUACUUGUUCCCCAGAUGGUAAGCAGAGGAUCUGACAGGUUGUGGCUUGCCUCUAGCCAUGCAGGAAGUGUGUAGGAGAGCUGGAAAUUGAUAUGGUGUGUGUUCAGGUGCCAGUCACUGAAUUACCCUUUUGCGAAUAUGGAUGUACAAAGUAACAUAUUCCAUUUGCCCUCUCAAACAUAAAUGUUCAUUUAGAAUGUGAUUAGGACAUGGCUGUUUUACACCUUAAUUUGCACAGUGAUAUUUUUCUUUGUGCUCUGCUGGGAUAGACUGGGCUGGUCAGUAUGCGUCCUAAUGCACAUAAAUGAGAGAAAAUAAUUUUUUAUUCAGUUCCGUACUUCCAUCUCUUGGUCAUGCUGAACUUAUUUUCAGGGAAAAGAGCCAGUAAGACCAAUGACCCUGUUCCAGGUCAGGGCAGAAAAGUUGCAGGAAGGAGCCUGCCUUGUUUUCUUCAGUGGCUAACUUGUCGUGGCAAUGGGGAGAUGAUGCUUUAACUUCUUCUUUAGAAACCCAUGAAAUUUUCUACAACUGUUAGGUAUACUGAUCUCUGGGAGUCAGACCCUAUGCCCAAAGUAUGGGGUAGGUUUUUCUUUUGUGAGAGUAGAAUCACAAACUGCAUCCUUUAGAUUUCUCAGUGCUGAAUGGCUGCCCCUUUCUUGCUAGAAGACCUACUCCAGAGCAGCAUCCAUGAAGAGUCCUGCUGAAAGGCAUGUUGAGAUUCUGGAUAGAAAACCUGACAUCUUUCCGCAAGGCCUGCAAGACAGAGUUGUUCCACCAGGCCUUUGGUCAGGGCCCAGCCUGACUCCCUCCUCUGGCAACCUGCACAGAACUUUGCGUAACGGUUGCCAUUAAUUUGAUUUUAAUUAAUGUUUAUAAUGAAAUGUUUUAGAAUGUUGGAUUAUUUGAUUGUUUGAUUAUUUGUUUGUUGUUAGCCGCCCUGAGCCUGGCUUUGGCUGGGGAGGGCGGGAUAUAAAUAAAAUUUAUUAUUAUUAUUAUUAUUAUUAUUAUUAUUAUUAAAUGUUGCAAAUAUCCUGAGCAUGUGCUAAUGUCCCCUGUGAAAAUAUGGCUCACCUGAAUAAUGAGAUGGGUACCUGACCCCUCAAGUUCUCAUGUCUUGAUCUUGAUCAAAUAGUGUGUAGGAGACUCAAACAUAUGUUCUUUAGCCAGGAAUGGCUGAAUUUUCAAAUUCCUACAUGCCAGCCUUAGCAGUUUAGGGAGCUAGAAACCAGUUGUGCAUGUGGCUUUUCAUUUAUUUAUUUUAAAUAAAUAAAAUACUUAGUUAAAAAAGAAAAACAGUUACCCCAGCUUUGGAUUAAUUAUUGAAAGUGCUAUAAAACCAUAGAUGAUUAGUACUUCUUGGGCUUUAGUUAAUGUUAUGUGCUUGUUCUCUUACAGUUUUACAUGUGAUACCAACAAAAUGAGGCUGAGAACGCGGAAAGCUUCUCAGCAGUCAAAUCAAAAUCACACGCAGCGUACACUGAGGGUGAAGAGAAAGUACUCAGAUGUAGAAGAGAGCUUACCUGUUGGGGGAGGAAAACCUCAGAAAAAUGAAACAGGCUUAUUAUCUUCAAUCAAAAAGUUUAUUAAAGGAAGCACCCCAAAGGUAAGCUUCAAAUAUUUUGAUCAUGCUAAUCUAUCUAUGGAAUAUUUAUCACCACAGUCUUCCCAAAAAAGUUUUAAAACCACAAAAAUUCACAAUAAAAAGAAAUGUAAACACAUUGGUUGUAUGUGGAAUAAGCAGCCUCACAUAACCAACAUGCUUAAGACCAUAGAGCAAGCUGUCCUGCCCAGCUUCACACAACUUGGAAGGGUCUACCUGAGAAGCUCCCAUGUGAAGAGUUUUGAGUUGGUUGCUCCAGCUCAGACUGCAUGGGUCUCACAAGCCACUCUUGAUUUCCUAUACCAGUAACCAAGGAACUUUCACCACUCUGUAACUAAGCUAAAUUUUACUUCCUGUGGCUUUUUAUGAAUUCUGUAUGGAAAAGCACAUGAAUCUGACAUUUGGAGCAUUUAUAAGUAAGCCGUUUUUAACUUACCAAAUGUGUGGUGUUUUUGUAUGCCAGUGGGAAACUUUGGAAAGAAGCCUUUUAAGGGGACAUUUUGAUACUCACUUUAACUGGCACAUUUUAAUGUUCUACAGCCUGUAUUUCCACACUUUACUUUGCUGCAUGUUUUAUGAUUUCAAAUCUCUGUUAGGGUUCUCUCACCAAAGAGUUCUUGCCCUAAACUUGGAUCUUGGCAUCCAGGAAUUCUCUUUUAUACCUGUAUAAAUGUUGGUCCCUUGGAACCAAAAUUGUAAACAUAAUGCCAGAAUAAAAACUGGACCUUACAGAAUAGAUCUUAACACGUCCACUAAGGCCUGUGUGUGGAGUGGCCCUACCAGUUGUGUUGGCUGGGGCAUCUAGUGCUCAUAUUAGGGAUAGCUAGACUGCCACUUUAUGAAGGGAUAGAGAUUUCUCAAGGGGAUUGGCACAGCAAAGCUAGCAUGGCCUUAGAAUUCUAGUUCACUUUGUGGGGGCGGGGGGCAAGCUUCCCAUGCAAAAUAAGAAGCAAUGAGUGGCCUGAAGCUGCAAGGCUACUGAGAUAAGCAGGUGGGGAAGCAAUCCUAAAGAUAGCAAGAAAGCAGACUUGGUAAAGUUCCCUAUGAAGGGAAUUACAAAAACAUGGGGCCACUAUUGAAAAGGCUCUAUCCUUGCUAUUUCAUAAAGUUAAUCUCAAGUAGGUUAUUAUGAGAGCUGUCAGACCUUCAUUUAACAUGGCUCCAAAUGUUUUAGGGAUUUAAGGAUCAAUGCCAGCACAUUAAAUUGAACCUGGAAAUAAACAUCAAUGUAGCUGGUGUAGGAAUGAUGUAAUGCAAGGGCAAGCAACCCCCAAUGCAAAUGCUAGCAGGAAGGGACAUCCCUCCUCUCCUGCAUGCCCCCUCCCCCAGUCUUCUCUGGAGGGAACUCCCAGAACAGCACACAGUGGGAUAAGAGAAGGGGUCAUUUUGUUGCUGGAACAAUAAGAAGAGUGUGCAGAUGAAUUCCUCCCAGGGUGCUGGAAAAGUGAUUCAGCAAGUCUUCUCAGUGAUAAGAAUGGAAACUUCCUGGGAAAUUUCCAUCAUUCAGGUUGGUGACAAUGGAGCAGACUUUAAUUGGGAUUAUCUCAAGAGAGAAAGUUCCUCAUCUACCCUAUUCUUGUUUCACACAAGAAUGCAGGACAUUUUGUAAAAAGCUCAUACUUUAGUAGAGCCAUGUGUUUCCCAGUAAUAACUUUACACAAAGCUCCAAGCAGUGAUUUUGGGAGACUUUUAAAGGCAACAUUUUAGGUUGUUAGAGAAUUUCAGUUUGUAGUACCUCAGAUAUAGGUAAAAAAGCAGCCAGUCCUCAUACAGCUAUUAUAAUCUUAGAAUACAAGUGUUGAAAAGAAAGAUGUUUGAGCCUUCUAUUUCUCCCUUCCCUCCUAUAGUGUAACAAUUUCUAUAAUUGUAUUUUUCUAUAGAGCUGUAUAAGUACGAGGAAUAUUUUUUAAAAAACAAACAAACCAAAAGCUUGGACUUUGAAGGUUCCAAUUUGAGUCUUUGAGCACACACAAGAAACCAACACACCCAACCACACUUUUGUCCCAGGCAGGGAUGGGACCUGUGCAGCUUUCACUUGCUUUCAACUGAAGGGCCCCUUUAUUUCAGCCGUUUAUGACAUAUUUUCUGCCAAAACAGUCAGAGCUGAACCUUAUGAAAUGAGAGAUGUGGAAACGAAAAUGUGGUAGAUGCUAACAGUGCCACCACCAUGAGCAUAAAAGUGAGGAUCAGUUUUUAAAAGGGCAUAGAAAGUUUGUUAGUAAACUACGUAUUAGAUAAUAAAUUGUUUAUGCUUUAUUCUUUAAGGAUGAAAGAGAACAUCCUGCAAAGAGGAGUAGAACUGAACGUGAUAUAGAUGACAACUUGAUUACAUCCACUCCUCGAGCAGGAGAAAAACCUAACAAACAGAUUUCUCGAGUUAGGCGGAAAAGUCAAGUGAAUGGAGGUUUGUAAAUAUUCUACUCAAGUGACUCCUAUGAAGCCUUUGGUCUUUCUACACCAUUGAAGUAAUUAAGGUUUUGUGUCCUGGUUUCAUGGAAGAGAAAAUUUGAGCCUGCAGUGCCAGGAGUGCACAUUGGUUAUUAGGCAGCAUAUAAAUAUUUAAAACCAACUUAUUUGGGUGGUUUAGAAGUAAACCUAGUGCCUUUAUUGUGUAAAAUACAUUGCAGUAUUUUUUCUUGAUGCUUACAGUAGCCCAAUCUGACAUGUCAAAAUGGUUGGGGUCAUUAGAGAAGUGAGUUUAAGAAAAUUCACAGAAGAAAAGUUUGCAGUCCCCUCCUUUCCUUCCUUACCCCCCCCCCGAGGUACUUGUGACCCCCACCCACAGUAGCCUCUGCAGAGUAUUGGUUGGCCAUCCUGAACAAUAUUAGAAGGGCAGGGAGGACUCCUGAUGGAAGGAAGGGAUGGGCUGUGAUUUUCAUUUAGUUACCAUCUUAGGAUCCAUGCAUGGUACCGGAGGAUUUCUCCCUCCCACAGCAGCCCCCUGCACAACAUCAAACAUUGUCCAGAGAAGAUUUGGGGGGGGCAUUGGGGGCGGGGGUCUGCUGUAGGUAGAAGGGAACACAAAACCAUAUUUCCAUGAACUUCCUUAAUUAAACUUCUCUUAGAAUCCAGAAUUAUUUAUUUUGUUAUAAACAAAGGCUAAAAGAGUGUUUUGCCUUACUGAACUAGGGUUUGAAAUGUGAUGCGUGUCCACUCAAACCUCUUGACAGAGUAGCCAACAUGGUGCCCUCCAAAUCUUGGGCUACAGCUCCAUUGUCCUUGACCAUUGGCCAUGUUGACUAGAAUGGAUAGGAGUUGAAGUCCAACAACAUGGAGGGCAGCACGUUGGCUGACCCCACCCCACCCCACCUGCACUGUAGUGGUUAAUGAUGUUUGGCAAUGGAGCAGAGCACUCUUGCAUAGCUUGUAGCUGCAUAGUUAGCAGGAUCACCCGCUCCUUUUCCUCCUUCAAUGAAAUGGGCUAUAUUGUUUGCAUUGGGGACAGUUAAUGCUUAACAUGCUGAACUGCAUUUUUGUUUUACACAAAUGGAUCACUUAAGAAAAGAAAGAAAACAGCAUUAUUUUCCCUUAGGAAGGAGAGGAUAGUUGGGUGAGUUGGCUGCUCCACUAGGCAAUAAUAUGCAAAUUGAGCUGUUCUUACCUUGGGUGGGAGGGAAACUGACCUUCAGUUCCCUUUGCCUUACAUAUUUAAGAAGGCCCUGACAACUGAGUGGACAGAGCCUGCGGGUGGGUGGGUGGAUGUCUGACUUGUGUAUCUAUCUGAUAUUCCAGAUAGAUUAUGGUGCAAGCAGCCACUGUGUAUUAUUAGAUACAUGUUGUGAGCAAAUAACUGUAUCUUUAAUAGGGAUUUGGUAGUCAGAGGUGACCAAUUGUGAUGCUGCCUGCUUUACUGCCUUGAAGACUGCAGGCCACAGGAUCUGCCUUAAUCUCAUCAGCUCUUUAUGGGUUUUCUAGAUAUUGAGUGGCUAUUCUGGUGUUUAAUUGCAGGGUUUUUUGUGGUUUUUUUUUUACUGUAAAACAAACGCAGAAACCUCUUGUUCCAUUUUUAAGAGGAUUAAACUCCUGAAAUAAGUAUUUGUUGAACUAACCAUGUGUUUGUAUGGAUUGAAAAUAUUGCCUACUGAAAUCCUGUUAAGAAACAAAAAUAUUGCUAUUGCUACUCAUACGUAUUGACUGUGUUUGGAUGUAAUGCCAGCUCCCCUUUCGCCUCCAGUAUGGCUGCAAGGAGAAGUCUGCCUCAGGCAGCAAAAUGUCUUGUUCUGGCCCUGGAAAUUUACUUGAAGAUACUGUGUGACUUGGUCAUUCCAACCUAUGUAGUAAAAAUGACAUCAGGAACAAUGUGAGCAUUGUACAAUACUGUCAAGUCAAAUGUUUUGUGUCUGCAUUCUAGAAGCUGGAAAUUAUGAAAUGACAAACCAGCAUGUUAGGCAAAAUGGAAAAUUGGAAGAUAAUCCCACAACCGGCAGCCCUCCACGGACUACUUUACUGGGGACCAUAUUUUCUCCCGUCUUCAAUUUUUUCUCACCAGCAAAUAAAAAUGGCAAGUAUUAUGCAAACCCAUGUUUAAUGUGUUAUAUACACUUAAAAAUAAAAUAGCAAUUUAGAAAAAGUAAUCUCCUGUCUCAAUGCUGGGCAAAAGAGAGGUAUGUUUUGAUUACUCUUUUUUAAAAAAAUAUUUAAAGAUUCUGAAGCUAAAAAUGAAAUAAGAAUGUUAAUUCUUACCUAAGUGCAAUAGCAAUCUGUGAACCGAAAACAUCAUUUCAGGGACAGCCGGCUCAGACUCUCCGGGGCAAGCUGUUGAAGCUGAAGAAAUAGUGAAGCAGCUUGAUAUGGAGCAGGUGGAUGAGAUUAUCACUAGCACUGCAACUUCAGCCAAUGGAGCAUCAUAUACUAGCCAAGCAGUGCAAGUCAGAUCAACGAUCAACAAUGGCUUGGAGGAAGUAGAAGAUGUAACUGAUCGUGAUUUGCCUCCUCUCACUGGUAAGAACCAGGCAUAUUUUGGUGUGGUUGUUUUUAAAUCUUAUGUACAUGACUAAUUUUGGGGGGUUGGGGGAUACGCCCUCACUCUUCUGAACCAAAUGGCUCAGGGACACAGGAUUCUCCAUGACCAGCAUGGUUGUGCGGUCUGCAUUACUACCUUUCCAUGAUUUGUUGGGAGAGAAUGAUGUCCUAAACUUCCCUUCCUUGAGAUACUCCAAGUGUUUCUAUAGCCAUGGACUGCAGGAGCAGAGAAGCUUUUAUCUGGACUUAUUCUGUUGAACAGUGCUCUGCAAUUUUGAAUGGGAAUGGUGCAAAUCUAGUUUACCUGAGCAUGAAUUAACAAUUAUUAUUGUUGUUGUUGUUGUUAUUACUAUCAUUCUUAUUUAUCCACCCUUCACACUAAGGUCCCAGGGUGGGUUACAACAAUAAAAACACCAUGUUGAAAACAGUUGAAAACACUUUACAAUCACAGAAAUAAUGGGGGUCUUAAAAAUGUACAUCUCAAAUGUCAGAAGCCAGGGGAAAGAGGUGUAUCUUCUGCCUUCACUGAAAGAUAUAUAAUGCCAGGUGCACCUCUGUGAGGAGGGAGUUUCACAACUUAGAACUAAAUACAGUGGUACCUCUAGUUACAAACUUAAUUUGUUCCGGAGGUCCGUUCUUAACCUGAAACUGUUCUUAACUAGAGGCGUGCUUUCGCUAAUGGGGCCUCUUGCUGCUGCUGCGCCGCCGGCACACAAUUUCCGUUCUCGUCUUGGGGCAAAGUUCUCAGCUCAAGGUGACGCUUCCAGGUUAGCAGAGUUUGUAACCUGAAGUGUUUGUAACCUGAGAUGUUUGUAAACCGAGGUACCACUGUAAUUGCAUUGAGUGUCUUAGUGCCAAAGAAAGAAAAGAAAACCAAAGGGAAUAACACUUUGGUGGAUGAGAGUGUAGCCGAAGAAAUGGAUGGUGGUUUUUUCUGUCUUACGUUUGUACAUUCUAGUUUCAGUGUGUCAUUAACUAUGCUCUGUUGUAACAUUCAAAUGAAAUUAUAGCUGACACUUGAAACUUAGCAUUUAAGACUUUAAUAGAUUGAUAAAAGCUGUUAUUAGAGGUGAAACUGUUAUAUGUAGGACCAUUCUGGGGAGGUUCCCACUAAUCAUUUUAGUAGUAUUAUAUUUUUACAUAUAUCCUACCUCUCCCCCACACCAGGACUGAUGGAAGCUUACACAGAUUAAAUAGAACAGACUAAAUAAAUAAAUAAAUAAAUCCUUAAAAUGUGAUUAAAUGUAAUUUAAGGCAAAAAUGGAGACUGGAAAUAUUUUGAUUAUUGAAUAUUCCACUUAGCUGCUAACUGGAGCUUUCCUCCCCUCUUCAGAUGAACUAAUGAGGAGCUUUUGUGUUUAUUAGCACCAGUAUCUCCGGACAGUGGUUACUCAUCAGCUCAUGCGGAAGGUGCCUAUGAGGAAGACUGGGAAGUUUUUGAUCCGUAUGUGUUCAUGUUUGAUUUCACUUUGUAAUUCUAGAUAUGACAUUUUGAGAAAUAAAAUACAUUGCCCUCUUAGUUAGCUUUGUGAGUCAGUGUUGAAGACUGCAGUACUUAACAUUUAUUUUGAGCACAAUACUCCAGCAGUUCUACAAGCCUCAGUUGUAGAGCCAUAGCAGUAAAAUCAACAUUUAUUUAUUUGAACCCUCUUUAUACUGCUCUUCAUCAAAAUUGAUUUCAGCAGAGUUUACAAGGUUUAAGAAGAAUAAAAUAUACAUUACGUUCUCUAAAAGCAAACUCAGCUAGUGAGCACUGACAAGAGUAUGGCCAAAACUUGGCUGCUGAGAAACAAGGAAGAGGUAUUGAUGUGCUCAAGGGAACCAUAUGGUUUGCAGAAAUGAAAAAUAAAAAUAAAAAUAGGAAAAUGUAUGGAGGCAUUUGAAAAAAAACAACCCAGUGAGGACUGCAUGCUUAGUGGUCACAGAAUUCUUGAUGUUGGGGGGGGGGAUAAACUGAGGGGUGGCGGGGUGGAAUAGAAUAGAAUAGAAUAUCUUGGAAGAGAGCCGAGUCAGCUGUCUAGAACCCUGAGCAGGAGCAUGCCACUCUGCUGUAACAUUUACAGCUCCCACUUACAUACAGGUACUUCCCCAUUUGCGCAUGAUCAGCACGUGCAUGACUGCUGACAGGCACACAAUUUUUGCCUGACAGGCGCACUGCAAGGGGGUGGGGCAGAAUGGGGUGGGCUCAUAUCAUCCCGCUGGUGCAGGCGAUGCCUUAGAAUGUACCCCAUGUAAAUGGGGAUCUGCCUGUAUAUACAUAAAACGUUUAUAGACCUGCAGGUAAAAGAAAAAUCAACAGUCCUUAGAUGAGUGAAUAAAAAGGUUUAAUCUCAAAACAUUACAAUUGCACACGCACGACACAUCCCAUUGAAUCAUACAGGAAAGUUUUCCAGGGCUUCCCAGAUUAGUUGUGUGUCUAUUUCCAUCCUGCAUCCAGUGGGGACUGGGAUCGCUGAAGAUGUCUUCUUACUGCCCUGGUGGUCCAUUACAUUAGCCUGCCAGGGCGGCUUUCCAAAUUUGUCCCAUGAGUUGUAAAGCAGCAGUUGUAAUAAAUUAACAAACCGUAUAUUGGUUUGCCUUUCUUCUAGGUACUACUUCAUCAAACAUGUUCCACCACUAACAGAAGAACAACUUAAUCGGAAGCCUGCUCUUCCAUUGAAAACGAGAAGCACACCAGAAUUUUCUUUAGUUCUAGACUUGGUAAGGAAUACAUAUUGGCAUUAGCUAUGAUAGAAAGGUGUGUGUGUGUGUGUGUGUGUGUGUGUGUGUGUGAGAGAGAGAGAGAGAGAGAGAGAGAGAGAGAGAGAGGUAUGCUGUGCAAAUUGCAGGGGGGAGGGCUUCAUUUCCGAGCAUACUUUAUUUCUACCUGCCUUCUAAGUCAUCUCAUUUUCUUAAUUCUUUAUAGGAUGAAACACUAGUCCACUGUAGUCUAAAUGAACUGGAAGAUGCUGCACUCACAUUUCCAGUCCUUUUCCAAGAUGUCAUUUACCAGGUAAUCAAAACCACGUUCCAGUGAAGUAUAAAACUGCUUAUAUAAAUUAAAUGGGCAAACACUUGUCAUGCACAUGGUGUCUUCUUGCCCUCCUGGAACAUUGGCAAUUUAGCAGUAUUGAUUACAUUCUUUGAAAUUUUGUCAGGCAAGUCCUCAGAUAUUAGAUGUAUUGUGACACACUGCUUCUUCCUUGUACACUUGCAUACUUUUACACUUCCUUUUCAUUUAUUUGUAAAGAGCUCAAGCAUGAGGAAGCCAGAAGGCUUCCUCUUAGCUGUCUUUCUACGUGGCAGCUUUUCUCCCUGCCAGCAGGUGGAGGCAGGAGUUCUGGAAGCUUAAAUAAUUUUACUACAGAAGAGCUUAGGGCAGACUUGCUUUUCUGCCUUGCCUGAGUAAAAUCGACCCAUGCUAUUCUGCUCAAAAGGGAUUAAAAAUACAGACCUGGGAAUAACUUGUGCAGAUCCAUCUCUUCCUUCAUAGUUAGGUGCUGCUUGUGUGGCAGGAGUUGCUUUUGUUGAUGGAGACUACCAGAUUGCUAGCUGUUGGUUGUGCUUCACAACAUAUUCUUAGCUUCCAUCUACUGUGUGUACAACAAUUCGGUCAGCAAAGAACAGAGGAAAGAGGAAGAGUUGGAGGUGUGUUCCAGCAACUGCCAAAGAUGCUGCACUGACCCCAGCUGUUGUUCUCAGGUCCCUAUUGUGUGAUGUACCUGGGAGUAGCAACAGCUUCCCUUCAUGUAAUUUGCACGAUAUUGGACUCCUCUGUAGUAUCUUUGGAGAAUGACAUCAGGCACCUUAAAUGGACACUUGUCCAGGUCUUUUACCCUAAUUUUAAAACUUGGAUUUAGUCUUUUUUUGUUCUGUAAAACCCUCCAAAAUUCUGAGGCUUAAAAUGAGGUAUUUCCUUUCCCCAGAAGAAAUCAUGUUUAAUGACACCAGUGUUCAGCUUCCUCUUUAAUUAGAUAAGUUAGGAAGUUACCUUAGAAUAUUUUGGAUAGUAAAAGCAAGAGCUGAAAAUUGGCUGAUAGCAUCAUCUUCUUUUCUGUGGCUUGCCAAUAUUACAACUUGCUGAGAACAGCUGAGAAGUAAACACUACUUUAUGAGGUUUCUUUAUAUAAAUAUUGCUGAAGUGAGCAACAACACAUUUGAGUCUUGGGUGGAAUAAAUGUAGAGUUCCAGUUUUACAAACCCCUCCUUGGUUCUUGGGCUGGGCUAUUGUUUAGGGGGUGUUGUUUGGGGUGGGGUUGUUGUUGCUUUUGCUGUUCAAUUGUAAAAUCCAAAAUAAAAAUCCUAAAAAUUAUGUGGAAAGUGUUCAAUGGUUUUGAUAUUUUGUUUAGUGUUUAUAACUACUUUUGUUAUAUUAGUAGUUAUGCAAUUUUUUUAUAUGUUGUAAGCUGCCUUGAGCGUAGUUUUAAAUUUGGAAAGGCAGCAUACAAAUAAAAUGAUUGAUUGAGUGAUUAGUUUCUUGGCAGUCCUUUUCUGCCUAGCACAGGGCUAGCACCAUAAAACUUGAUUUUUGCAAACUUGAACAUUUAGUUAGGAGUUUAGUGACCUCUGUUCCUCAACCUUUGUAAUCCUCUAUCCACUUAUUCCACUGCUAGUCUCAUAAAAAGCUCCUCUAGAGUAAGCAGGUUAAGAACUGCAGCUGUAAAUGUUCCAGACCUGGUCCUAACCCUUAAGCAUUUUGCCUCUCAAGCCAAAUGCUCACAUCUGGAAGUACGUUUCAUUGCUUUGAGGGGAAACCAGUUUCCAAGUAUGCUUGAAAUUGCAAAAUUGCAGUCACGGCCAUCUAUGGCUAUAGAUAAACAGAGUUUGCCCCUAUUCUGUUUUGAUAUGGGCCCAGUGAAAAUGGCAAGGAAGUUUGAAGUGUCAGCUUCAUAAUACUAUUGUUAGUCUGUGAAAAACCAUUAUUCAGUCAAACUCCAAAAGGCAAAAACAAUCAAAAGCCUUUUGUGGACCAGAGUCCUCUUUAUUUGCUACAUAAUUUAUUUAGAACUAAUUUGGUGCAAAUGGUCACGAUGAUCGUGUUGUAGUGAUGUGGUCCAUUACUGCAGCCAAGCUUGAGCUUAUCUGGGUCCUUUGGUCUUCCAGAAGACACUUCCUCCAAGAUCUUGCUGAAAAUCAGAAUGGCAACAAGAAAGACUUUUUUGUGGUUGUCCCCCAUUUCUGGGGUGCUUUCUCCAGAGAUGCUCUCCUGGCACCAGUCUUUGUGGCAGCAGGCAAAUACCUGUCUUUCCUCCCAGGCAGUUUACUAUCUUCUUCUCAGUUGGUGCCCUUAAUGCUAUCUGCCAGGGUAGCUCAAUUUUUUAAAAUUUUAAUGGGGGUUGUGUCCAUACUUGAGGAGUGGAUUUUGUUAUUAGUUUGUUGCUUUGUUAAAAACUUGGUUAUGCUGUAUUUAUCUUACAGGUUGAUGUUUUAAACUAUUUUAUUGUAAGUCAUCAGGAGGCUUUGGAGUUGGUGACUAAAAAUUUAAUUAAUAAUAAUAGGAAGGAAGGUUCAAGUAGUUAUUUAACUGUGCAAAGAAUGACUGAGACCAUGCAAGUUCACUCUUUUGCUCUCCCCACCUUUUUAAUGAUCAUCUUCUGUUGAUUGCAAAGGCCUGUGGUGACAGUACUGAUUCAAGAUGGCAGUAUGGGGUUUAAAUUCUCUGUCAUGUGGUCCUUUGGAAGUGGUGAUCUGCUUAAUUUGUUUCUCAGUGUGGUUUUGAAGGCAAAUGAGAGUUGUAAAGCAAGUUGGGCACUGAAAGAUACUAUAGAAUUAAGUAUCCUAAAAUAUAGCAACUGUCUAGAGUUGAGGUUUUUUUAAAGGCCUUGCUCACUCCUUUAGCAUUUGUGCUUUUCCCUUAGACGAAGGCAUAUUGGUAGCUUGUCUUAAAUUAUUGACACCAACUGGAAAUAAUGUGAACCCAAGAACUUCUUUGUCCACUUUGCAGCCAAAUAUUGUUUAUUCUUCUGGAUGGAAACCAAUUCCUGCAUUGCAGGGGAUUGGACUAGAUGGCACUUGGGGGUCCCUUCCAACUCUGUGAUUCUAUGAGUCAGUACUCAGUACACACUUGGGUACUAAUAACUUGUAUUGGCACUUGCAGAGGUUCUGAUGAAGGGAUUGUUAAUCAGUGAAUAAGACUUCUCUUUAGUUCACUAGAGAGCAACCUUCUCAUGCCCUUCAGUGUGACUCACCACAGGCACUCAAUCCACCCUCACUGCUGAAUUUCAUCUCCCACCCACCUGAGGGAGCACAAUUUGGAUGGACUGGAAGGUAUUCAGGGAGAGUUAUCCCUUCCUCCACAUCACAGUCACUCUUCCCAUACCUUGCUAAAGAGCUGUUUGCCAGACUGGGGCAUGCUGUUUACAUAGGGAGGGAGGGGUAACCUGGGAACACCAGAACAUAGGAAGCUGACUUAGACUUAGACAGUUCGUCGGCUGAACUCAGUAUUUUCUCUCCCAGCUGUACCUGGAGAUUUUGGGGAUUGAACAUGGGACUUUCUGCAUGCAAAACAGGUGGCCCUUCCCACCAUAACUUGCCCCAGGCACCAAAGCAGAUAAACAGCAAAGCUUCUGCUGCUGUAUCUCUUCCAUUUCUUGAGCCCAAUUUGCUGCAAUGGGUUGAUUUUUAGCUUCAUCUAAGGACCACAGGGUGAUUUACAAUAUAAAAGCACAAAAAUACAUAACAUAGUAACAAACUAAAGCAAUACCUCCCACCCCAUAUAGUUUUAAAGGCCAUAGAUUGUUUAAUUAGCCAAAGGCCUGAGAGAAGGAGGAUGUGUUUGCCUGGCGCCUAAGAUACAUAAUGAAGGCACCGUUGGGCACUGGGGUGCACUUCAUUCAGCUCUCCUUUUCUCCAGUCCCAGCCAACACCAGCCUUGCCCACAGGCAUGCAGCCGCUCACCACCCACAUGUGUCCUUUGUGAGCUAAGUGGUGGCACAUCCCUGCUUUAAACAGGGAUCUUUGCUGAGGAACAUUCUUGUGGAAGCUACAGAGUACAGCUAAGGCUUCCAUCCUGUACACACUUAUGUCAGGAGGGAUAGUUUGGCCACAGUAGUACUGCCCUUGGUCACCUUCUAGACUGGACUACACACUCUGUUUGGGGCUACUCUAGAGGUUGGUUCAGAAAUUGUAGCUAGUGCAGAAUGCUGCACCCCAAUUGUUGCUGGAACACUGCAUAUUGCACAGAUGAAGAAAGCUCUGCACUGGCUGCCAGUACGUUACUGAACUAAGCUCAAUGUAUUAUAAAGGUGUAUAAACCUGAAUGACCUGGGACCAGGUUACCUGAACGGACUGCCUUAUUCCUUAUGUACUGUGCUUAUCUGGAGAAGCUUUCUUGAUUGUCCCAGUUAUCCCAUACUUUUUUUAGUUUCUCCACAUAUCAAGGCUUUCAGUAUAGCGGAACAUGCUGAAAUAGCAUACCCAGGCUUUCAGUAAUUUGGAACACUUUUCCAGGCACCUACAAUCCUGGUAUUUUGUUGCCUGCGGAAAACUUAUUUGUUUGUAGAAAAUUAAUUUGAUACAGUUUUGGUGAGACAAAGUGUUCUGUAUUUUAUGAUUCUAUAAUUUUAAGAUUUUAAAACUUUUAUGAUGAUUUUACUGUACAGUUUUGAUACUAUUAUGUGUUGGUGGUUUACAAAUGUUCUUAUAAAUAAAAAUAUAAUAAUAAAAAUAAGAUACUGCCUGGUACAAUUGCCAUUGUAUCAAGUGCAGUAGAUGAUGCUAAAAGUUUUUGAGUUGUAGUAAUAGUAAUUUUUAUUGAUUUAUCAUAAAACAUAUGGACAAACUAACAUACGAACCAAACAAUAACUGGGUUGUUUUUUAUUUUGUUUUGUUUUCCAAUUAUACAAGCAAACAGUAAUAAGAAUUUUACACCCUCUCUAGCAUUACUAUUUCUUCUUCAAUUACUGAAUAUAAUAAGUAUUUUACUGUAAAUUUUCACUGCUGUCCACCAACUAUAGUUUCAGAAACCCCUGCCAUUUGAAGCAAAAUGUCCCUGUGUUCUGUGUAUUUUAAAAUUGCUUUUUCUUUUUGUUCUAGGUUUAUGUGAGAUUAAGACCAUUCUUCAGAGAAUUUUUGGAGCGUAUGUCCCAAAUCUACGAGGUAAAGGGACUUAAUUUGGAUCUUGUAUGAUUAUCUUAGCCUUCAGCAGUAGAACAGAUAAUAACAACAUCCUCCCUUCAUUUUCAGAUCAUUCUUUUUACUGCUUCAAAGAAGGUAUAUGCAGACAAAUUGCUGAACAUACUAGACCCCAAAAAGCAACUGGUCAGGUAAGCUUGAUGACCAAGUGGUGGCUGUUAUUUCUUUUUUAAUCAGAAUUGUAGCAUACACUAUUAUGAUGUAGAACCUGAGUGCAUUUUAGUUAUCAUAGCUGAAUACACAUGGAAACACAGAUAAAACGCUGACAACAGGCUAUUUUGAAACCUUGGAAACGUUGAACAGUACAACAACAAAUGGGUGCCUGCAACAAAAUGCUGCAGUGUCUCCUCAGGCCCUACUGAGUGCUCAUGUUCAGGGUUCCCACCUGCCAGCCAUACCUUCCCCAGGUUCUGAGGGGCUCAAGCAGGCCAGUUCGUUCCAUUUCUACCCACCCCAGCCUUCCAUUUCCUGGUUUUCUUUACCAAAUUAUGUCAGCAUUCCAUAGCAGCUUGCAGUGGCCACUGGUGGCAUGCUCAGUUCUCAUUGGACUCUUAUGUUCCGGGGUGGGGGGGUGUGGUGUUUGCCCUCCUAGGUGGGUCAUAAGGAAAGGGUUAAAUGAGUGUGAAGUGAUUGGCCAGUGGUAACCCAAGGGGAGGAGUUAGAGUUAGAGUUGGAGUUGUUUGAAAGUUAGUGGGGAGUUGGAGAAGGAAGAGGGAGGAUAAGUUUGUGGGUUGGUCUAGUUUUAAUGUGAGAGAGUGAGAGGAACUGUUAGGUGGAGUCAGAUAGAUAAUUGGGAUAAUCAGUUUGAAGUUGUUAGGAACAUGCUUAUAAGUUGUUGUUCAUGCUUAUAAAAUAAAUUGAUUAUUUGUUAAUGUUAACAACUGUCUGGACUCCAUGUGUACCCGAGAGAAACGGGUUGGUGGCAGCAAGGAGGCAAUCACAGUGGUGGCACAGGGAUCAAUAGACUGUCAAACGUCCGGGGACCCUGUGUGAUUGCCACAGGAUGUUUUUUAAAGUGUUGUAUUUCUGCAUACUUUAGGGAUCACUAAGCAUUUUAAAAUAUUCCUCUUGAUUCUCAGUGACCCCAUUUUGGCUCCAAUUCCCUGUUAUCACUCAAUCCCCUUGAGUUUGCUAUUGGAGGAUUUGAUUAUCCAUUUUAUUCAUAUAUGUGGUAGCAACUCAGAUGGUCUAGUAGUGCAGGGGUGGGAAAUCUGUGGGGGCCCUCUGGAUGUGGUUGGUUACAGCUCCCACCAUCCCUGACCAUAGAUUAGCUGCUGGGGGUGCUGGGAGUUGGAGUCCAGCAUCACCUGAAGGGUCCGCAUGGGAGAAAAAUGGGGCUACCUGCCAAUGAGGUAGCGCUUCCUACAUAUAUGAGGGAGUGUACUGGUAAAUGAAAAAUAGGAUACUCAGUUGGCCUGGAAUGAGGGGUGGGCUGGACUGACUUGCUUGAGUCCCUAGCAGCACCUAGUAUCCUAGAAAAAUAUGUGACUGACUGGAAGUCUGAAGAGAAGCACUCGUGUUAAUGAUGCAACAUUUUGUUGCAGGUCCCACUUGUUCCUUCUAAUAGUGAACUCAUGUGGCUGAGUGCAGACAGAAUUGGGCUACUGAGGAACAGGAGGGAGGUAUCGGCACGCUUGGGUGAACCCCGAGGUAUGCAGAAGUACAAAACAUUUUUAAAAGCAAAAAAGAAAAACUCCCAAAUGUUUGCUGGGCAUGCUCAGUAGUGUCCAGGAACCACAGAAUGUUGGAAUAUUGGGAAAGAAAAACAGAAACUUGCGGGGAGGGGGUCUGUUGACCUGAUAGCGUGUACUAUGCUGAAGGAAGACACAGCUGGAUGUUUGGAACCCUGAAGAUGAGCCAUCCUAUUUUAUUUAUUCAUAAUAUUUAUAUCCCACACAAUAACAAAAGUUCUUUUGGCAGAUUAUAGUAAAAAUUAAAUCAGUACAAAUAAAUUAGGCUCAAACAUGAAAACUACAUCAACAUAAGAACAACAACUGAAUUCUCCUGGUGGACUUGUGCGUGAAAGAUGGAAGUUGAGGCUUGGCUGUCUUUGGGUUCUCUCCAAAUGUUACGGGAUCAUUGUAAAAACACUUCAUCAUUGCCUGAUUUUCUUCCAUAGAUAACAGCACAGGUGCUCCACCUCCUGGUCAAAUUAAUCAUUAAGAACACAAGGCCUUGUUUGGAUUUGCGUGAUAUAUAUAUAUAUAGUAUUGUACCGCAGAGAAUUAAAAACCUAUUUUUCAGCCAAAAAACAACCACCUUUAGCUGUGUUUUUGCAUCUAUUUUUCAAAUAGAUAUAACACCACACACACCAAAAAACUACCAUUUAAUAAAAAGACAAAUCUUAACAUUAAAUCCCGUGAAAGAGAGGAAAUCUUGUAAAAAGCAGCAUUUUCUUCAUAUACAUUUUUCUCCAUGUAAUCUGAAUGUGUUCUUUUAACCAAAUACAGGCAUCGACUUUUCCGUGAGCAUUGUGUUUGUGUACAAGGAAACUACAUAAAGGAUUUAAAUAUCCUUGGUAGAGAUCUCUCAAAAACUAUUAUUAUUGACAAUUCACCACAAGCCUUUGCCUAUCAGGUGAGUGUUUUUUCUCCGCAGCUGGCUCUGCAGACAAAACAAAUGCUAACGUAACUUCAUCUGUAGCCUCAGCAAGUAAAAAAGCAUGAUUUUUGUUUAUGCAUGUGGUGGCAAGUACCUAAUUCACCACAAAACGUAUAUGGUACUUUACAAUUUGAAGGGCAGUUUGCUACCACAAUAUUUCAUGAUAAAUACUGAAAAAGUGUGCUUAUGUGAAAUUAUGUGGUUGAAUCAGAGUUAGGACACUGCUGUUGAUCUUAUCCUGUAUUAGUUUUGCUCAUGUUAAGAGAUUUGCCCUCACACGCCUUCCUGGAUUAGGGGCCAGGAUGUUUCAGCAUUAAGCAUGAAAUCUCUGGAAUGGAGAGGAAGCAAACAAAGUUUUGAUAUGAUCCAUUGACAGAAACAGAAGCUGCACUGUAUUGAUUGUAGCUACAAUCUGUAGUAAGGCAAGAUGCACUUAAUGCACUGAAGUUUCCAACUGCUUUCCCCAGCCUUGUUUCCCACCGUUACAGCUUUUCAUGUUUGGGGACUGUUGGGCUCAUAGGGGAAUUGCCAAAAAUGAAACUCACAGUAAGAUGGUAUUGCUACUUGCCUGAACUCGCUUCAGAAAUUCUUGUAAAUUGACCAUAUGUCUGGUGUUGGCCUAUUUAAUUGCAUGUAUUUAAUUAUAAUAUGCCUUGUGAGCUGAAUGAAGGAAGGGUUUAUAAAUUCAAAUAAAAAUAUAUAAAUAAUUUAACUUGCCUCUGAUAUUUUUCUUUUUCUAGCUUUCAAAUGGAAUUCCUAUAGAGAGCUGGUUCAUGGAUAAAAAUGACAAUGAGCUCCUAAAAUUGAUUCCUUUUCUGGAGAAACUUGUAGAAAUGGUAUGUAUUUCAGUGAUUAAUCUUUUGAUAAAAUUUUCCCUCUUAAAACUUGAUAGCAUUACAAGUGUAGUGGCCCUCUGUUGCUUUCUGGGCAUAAUUGAGGAUGCUGAUGUUGAUGUAAAAAGCCUUCCCUAAAAAAACAUUGUUUGGGAUUCCAGAUCAUCAUGCAGGGUUUGCAAAUAUUUCUGCACAGUGAUUUCAGCACCACUGAUCAGCUAAUCACGGGCACUUCAAAACAGUUAGCAGGGCUGCCUGCAAGGAGCUUUUCCUCUGCUCUUUGCAAGCCCCUUCAACUCCCUGUGGAGUUCCAUUUGGGGAACUCAGUAGUACAACAAGUCCCAUGGAGCUUGAAGUUAGCCUAUGUCAGCUGAUAGUCAUUGACUUCUGCUUUCUUGUGGGGUUGGCUGCACUAUGGAAUUCCCCAUGGGGAACUUAGUAGUGCACCCAAUCUCAUUUGGCAUGCUCUAAGUGCCCAUUCAGAGGGACACGGGUGGCGCUGUGGGUUAAACCACAGAGCCUAGGACUUGCCAAUCAGAAAGUUGGCGGUUCGAAUCCUCGUGACAGGGUGAGCUCCCGUUGCUCGGUCCAAGCUCCUGCCAACCUAGCAGUUUGAAAGCAUGUCAAAGUGCAAGUAGAUAAAUAGGUACCACUCCGGUGGGAAGGUAAAUGGCAUUUCCGUGCACUGCUCUGGUUUGCCAGAAGCGGCUUAGUCAUGCUGGCCACAUGACCCGGAAGCUGUACGCCGGCUGCCUCGGCCAAUAAAGCGGGAUGAGCGCCACAACCCCAGAGUCGGCCACGACUGGACCUAAUGGUCAGGGGUCCCUUUACCAUUACCUUUUUAAGUACCCAUUCACCAAUUGGUGGUGACAGCAAUCAGGCGCACACUUCUAAGGUUUAGCACUUUGUGCACCUGCCCCACACCUGAUGCUGCAUGUCUCAUUAGGUGUGGGGCAGGUUGGUGUGGUUUGGGAAUAAGAAGCUAGAGCAGGGGCGGGGAACCUCUAGCUUGCCUGGCUUAAUUUGGCCCAGCACAGGUUCCAAUUUGGCCCAUGGGUUGGCGGUUCCCCACUCCUGCUAUAGCUUCUGCAUUAGUAAAUGUAAAGUCUGCCAAAGCUCAAAGAUGAACGCUUUCAGGAGACCGAGCAAUGUGGAAUUUUGCAGAGGAUGGCUAGAGUAGUGGAGCUGCCUUGAGUCUCUGGAAUUGGGUUGGAGAGGAACAAAAGCAAAAUCAUUCGCUGGAUUUUACAUGCAUGCAAGAAGUCAGUGUACUUGGAAAUUCUGCAUAGAAGUAGGCUUAGGCAUAACAUUGAGUAAAAGAAAAUUGUGGAAAAAUUGCAGGUGAGCAGUUGAAAAUUAGAAUCUCUGUUGACAUCUUUUCUUCUGCUGUGGUGGUGAACUACCGUGCACUUUACAAGUGGAGCUGCUUCUUACAUAUGAGACAUGGAAGUUACUGGUUUUUCCUUCCUUGCUUCUUUUUAGAAUGAAGAUGUUCGACCUCACAUCAGAGACAGAUUUCGCUUGCACGACUUACUACCCCCUGACUAAACACCAAUGCUUUGCCAGGUAGCUGAAGGAGAAGAAAAUGCAGGACCUUUUUUUUCCUUUUCUUUUUGGACUAAAACAAAAACAUUGCCAUUACUGUUGAAAUUUUUGCAUUUUUGUACCCUGUCUCGCUUUUCUUAUCUCUGGUGCCCAACAAUAAUCAAGGGUUACAGAAGAACUUUAUAUAAUAAUAUUCGCCAAAUGGAAUCCAUACAGUAGGUAGGCUAGAACAGAAGCGUCUUUAGAACUAGUGCAACUCCAAUAAUUUUUUUUAUGUACAGGACAUCUGCCGUUUUUAAAGAAUUCUGUUUCUGCCACCAGCAGUUUGACCUAUAAACACACACACAGGAUUUUAUGAAAUAACAGAGAUUGAAAAUGGACUCUUUUUCUUUUCUCUCUGUUCGGUGCUCUCUAAGUGGGUUUAUAGCCACUUUGUGUUACUUUUAAGAUUCUCAUUUCAACAGGAAUGGCCAGUAAAUGUUUUUUUUUCCUGUUAAGGUUUAUAACCUUCUUACAUUUUUGACUUGUAUUAGAGUUUAGAAUUUCAUUAUGCAUUCCUUUUAGUUGAGGCGGCUUCAUAGUUUUUCUGGGAAUAGCCAAGUUUUAUUAGUUUUUUAUUAUACAAUUGAAUGGCCAUUUUCCUGCUUUGACUGCCUGCAUACUGUAUAUUUGUUUAAAAAUAUUAUCUAGUUUUAUUCCAUGUAAGUUUCAUUUAGAAAUCUGCGUUUAAAUAUAUAUUUUUUGUUUCUGUAAUAUUCUACUGUAGUGGAAAUCUUUUCAAAAAAAAUCAAGAGACUGGCUAGAUAAGAAAAAAUAUAAGAAUUACUAAUAUUCAGAAUAUUUAAACCAUUGUGAUGGCAUGUACUCUGGACAGAGAUGAUCUAUUGUGGUGGUGCGCAUGGCUGAUGGACAAGGAUCAAUACCUCAGAGUCUACUGUGCAUAAUACAAGUCCUUGGGGAGAGCUUGCUUGGUCUAAUGCAAUUCAGUUACUUCUGCCUUCGGUGUCCUCCAAGAAUGAAGUAUUGUGGAGAGCAGUUCAGUAUUUGAAACUGUCUUGCGUGGGUUGGUCUCUCUGCUAUGCAGCUUGUUACAAUCAACGCUAAACUUCUUGCCUAGCAGGGACAGGGCCACCACAGUAACUGUGCAUAACCCUGUGGUUCAGUACACUCCUUUGCCACCAGUGCAGCUGAUAUGCUAUCAAAGUGGUUUUCUAUGCUAUAUGGAAAUGGUUUUCAAGCCUUGGUUCUCUAAUGCAGCUUGUACAAAGAGGCUGAUAUUUUUUUAAUGGAGUGUAAUCUCCUUUUUAGGAGGCUUUUUAUGGAAGGAAAAAUUUGUAAAAGUUAGUAAGCUUUGCCUCUAAACUGCAUUGACAUGCCAUAGGCUCGGGCUGUUUUUGUGUAAAGGGUGUUGCAGAAUGGCACUUUUUCUAAAGAGAAGUUUGAUAUUUUGUAUGCUUGUUAAAGAAAGUACAGUAUUGGAAAUUAAAGGUGGACAACUGAUAAUUGAGAAGUAUGUCAAUUAAUUUUUUAUGUAUAUUACCUGUUUACUUGUACAAUUUUAUUGUACAAAUUACACGCAGCUUCAUUUUCAAAUGAGUCCUUAAAAUAAGGAAAAUCUUUUUAGGAAAACAUUUAAUUUUUGUAUUUUUUGAUUUUAAAAGGCAUGAGUUAUAUCAACUUUUUCCAAUGUAUUAAUGAAGAUUUUAACUUUUCAUCAGGUUGAGUGUUUUCUUACUAUAUUAUCUGUUGUAUAUGUAGCUAGCACAUUGUGUCACUGAACUGUUAAAAAAAAGUAAGCAUGUAGAGCAAGCCUGCUUUGUGGAAAAUCAUUAUUCAUUUGAAACAAAAUUUUGGUGGAUUUUCUGCAGAAAGAAAGAAAGAAAAAGAAAGAAAGAAAGGCAUUUGCUAUCUAGAAUGCUAAAGGUAUUUUGCUUGCAGGAAAAUGAUACAAAUUCAUUUUAAUGAGAAUCUCUGAAAUGUAUUUAUCUUUAGGGCAUCUGAACAUCUUUAUGCUGUUUGUCUUAACGUCUUUAUUGAAAUAAAAUGUACAUAAUGU